CCAGGGACGGUACUUUCUUGUAUCACCAGCGAUUAGCACCUGUGCCUGAUAUGUAGUAGGCACUUUAUAUAAGCUAAUUGACCGACUGGAUCGGUCUGGGAUCCUAUCUGUGGUUGACUCACUUGGCUGGCCAGGAUUGUCAGCGGGCCAAAUGCCUAUUGAACCAGGAGACUGAAUGAAAGAACAAAGAAGACAAAAACUUGAGGAAUAUCUUGCAAAGAGAAAAGCCAUUUCUGGCUUAAAACUACAGGAAAAACAGAUAACCAGCAAUAGUAACUGUAAUAGAAAAACAUCUGGAGACCCAAUCCAGAAGGUACCAAAAGCUCUGAAGCUUACUAGCACCAAAAUGGAUGAUAAAGAAAAUGCUAAUCGGCCUAUAUGGAGAAAAAUUGUUCCAACAGUAGAAAGAAAUGGCGCUCCUUUAAAAUCUACCAAUUUAUUGACAAAUUCAACCAUAGAUAUUGAUGCAUGUUAUCGUGAGAACUGUGAUCAAAUUAUACAAGUGCCAUCAAAUGAAGAUGACCCUAAAAUUCGCAAUAUCUCACUUAGCCAAACCUUUCGCCUUCAAAGAAACACUAAGGAAAAACAACUCAUUGCAGAGAAGUUGAAGCAAGAUACUACUUUCCUAAAGAAACCAGUCCUUGGUUCUUAUCGUGGUAGAGUUGUCCAAUCUAAAGUUAAUUCAUUUCGAAAGCCAUCAACAGUUACAGAUGAAAGUUCUAUGAUAAGUAAGAAAACUUCAGCUACUGUUCUUAAAACAAGGCCUCAGUCUGUAAGUAGCACCAACUUACCUGUGAAAGGUAGUCAAAUAACAUCUGUUAGUGUUUCCACUAAAUCCAAUAGUACUACUACUUCCCAGAACAAAACAGCUUUUCAACAUUCUGGGAAAAAGCAAGUUGACUUUAUCCAGAACAAGGAGAAAGAAGCCAUUGUUAGAAACUCUACCAAUGUUACUAUCCGAAGAGAGCCUAAUAAAAAGAUAGUACCUCUAUCAAAGCCAGUACUACCAAAUGUCAAGACAAACCUGAAUUCUGGUAAAAAAGAAAAUGAAGUACAAUCAAAAUGUAGGACAUCAGGAGCUGCAACCACUCAUGUUUCUGAAGCAAAACCUGCUUCAUCUUUCAGUACCAGAUUUAGGGAGGAUUCCAAAAUUGUUGAUAAGAGAAGAUACACUUUAACAAAAGCGCCUAUCAGUACAGGAAGAACUGCUUUAACCAAAGAAUCAGCAGAAGAGAGAAGAGCUCGUCUGGUUGAGUGGCAAAAUGACAAAAGAAGAGUAAUUAAAAGAUCAUCUACAACUGGUCUGACUGUUCCACCUGCUCCACCUGCUCCAUCCAACAUCGAAUUGCCAAAAGAAAAACCACUUGAAUCUUUCUGGACCACCAUUGCAGAAGAAGAUGAGCAAAGAUUAUUCACUGAUAAAGUUAACAAAAUAUUUUCUGAAUAUUUGAACUUAAUUAAUAAGGGAUGUCCACGGGAAGAAGUACUUUUAACACUGAAAGAGCUCAUUGUAAAAAUUCCAGAUGCCAAGAAACUUGUUAAGUAUUGGGUAUGCCUUGCACGCCUUGAACCAAUUACAAGCCCUAUUGAAAAUAUCAUAGCAAUCUAUGAAGAAGCCAUUCUUGCUGGGGCUCAGCCUAUGGAAGAAAUGCGACAUGCACUUGCAGAUAUCCUAACGAUGAAGAGUCAAGUGAAGGGUAAUGAUGGGGAGAAUGUUGAUGAGGUUUGUUCAGCUAACGAAGAGAUAAAAAAAUUAUGUGAUGAAGUUUUAAAUCAGGAUAAAGUUGAUGUAGAUGAGGCAUCAGCAGAAGAAAAUUCAGAAUCAAAAGAUAAAGAUCAUAAUACAAAGAAUGUAAAACUACAGAUGGUUGAAAGAGAGCAAGAGGAUAAAGCGGAAGAUUCAACAAGUGUUUUAGAGACUCCUGAUAAGGAAACCAGCGGGUCUUAUGUUAUUAAAUAUAAUGUGUCAACUACUCCAUACUUGCAAAGUGUAAAAAAGAAGAUGAAUUUUGAUGAAAAUAGUGCUUCGUUUAAAGACUUGAAGUUUCUGACACCAGUGAGGCGUUCUCGACGUCUUCAGGAGAAGUUUUGUAAAUUACCAGAUAUGUUAAAAGACCAUUAUCCCUGUGUUUCUUCACUGGAACAGUUAGCAGAAUUGGGAAGUGAAUCCAGUGCCUAUAUAUGCCGUCCAAAUACUGCAUUAUGUACAACUUCCCUUGAAGAAGAAAUAAAACAAACAGAAAUGAAACUUUAAUAAGGGAAGAAAUGUAUUUAAAAAUUAUUAUAAAUUAAGUAUAUGUGUUUCAAGUUUCAUAUUCCCCACAGAUAUGUAGAUUAUUACCUAAGUUCUCACUACAGUGAAAAUAUAAUUGAUAAGUUACUUAUAUAACGGGAUUUUACUUACAUGGAUAAGGAGAUUCAGCCUUACUAUAAAAAAGGAACAAGUUAGAGAUUUUUUUUUUAUGUUAGUAGAGACUGUUUGAAAAAGAAGGCAUACAUUUUGUAUUUCUAUGUUAUACUAUUUUUUGAGCAAGAGAAAUCUCAUUUUAUUAUUCAAGAGUAUAACAUGGCUGACUGUUGUAUAUACCUACAUUUUUUUACAAUUAUUUAAAUGGAUGUAUACAAAUUUAAUCAAAAGAACAAUGUUAAAAAAGAAAAUUUUUCUAGAAAUGUGUUUGUGCCAUAGAAAAUAUACUAACAUGACAUACUUUUCUUUUUCCUUUGGAGGAAAUGUGUAAUUCACUUUAGUAAGAACGAAAUAUUCAGUUUAAUUGGGAAUAUCUAAACUAUGUAGUUUUGCUAAGCUUUUUUUUAAGAUAAUAAAGUUUGCAUUAAAAUUCUUAUCAUGAAUAA